GAAUCAGACACCCGUAUCCAGGAAAAGCUGGAGACCAAGGUGUGGGACCCUGACAACCAGCUCAAAGACCCCCAGAUCGACCAGUUCCUGGUGGUGGCUCGGUGAGUGUCCCCUGUCCCCCUCCAUCUGUCACAGGUUGCCCUGGUUACGUUACAACCCGGCCCUGUUGCUAUGGAGGUUCUUGUCAUCAGGACCUUGUUGUCAGGGUAGCACAAUCAUUUCCUUUAGACAUAUUUGAAUGAUCUUGCCUAAGCGCUGUAGUAGCAGGAGGACCCCAGUCAACACACAGCAUGUUCAGGCCCAGGUCUGUUUUUGGAGGGAAUCGCCAUAAUGUAGUGAAUGACUCCUUUGUUGAUUACAUCAAGCUGGAGUGCCAUCUAGUGGCCAUAUGAUGGACAUUCACACAUUUACAAAACCGCAUCUGAUAGGGUGUUUUUGUGUAGGCUUUUUGAUAAGUUAGGAAUGUGUGUGUUUCAGUGCUGGGUUUGUCAUAGAUUCUAAUGAUGAUAUUUGAUGGUUGUGUGUUCCAGUGCUGUGGGGACGUUUGCCCGGGCCCUGGAUUGCAGCAGCUCCAUCCGUCAACCCAGCCUACAUAUGAGUGCUGCAGCAGCCUCUAGAGACAUCACACUGGUGAGACACACACACACUUUGUCCAUGUUCCAUGGUGACUAGACAAUCAGCAAUGUCUCUACUACCCCUAAACUAACGGACAUCUACCUUGCCCUAAUUAGUAGAUGUAAUGUACAUUGUAUCGAAAUAUAUAUCUAAUACUAUAUACAAUAUCACAUAUUUACAAAACACCCGACUAAGGCAACCUGUGCCUAAAUCUCCACUAUCUAAUCUCUCCCCGUCGCUAGUUUCAUGCGAUGGACACCCUGCAGAAGAACGGCUACGACCUGGCGAAGGCCAUGUCCACGCUUGUGCCGCAGGGCGGGCCGGUCCUCUGCCGUGACGAGAUGGAGGAGUGGAGUGCCUCAGAGGCCAUGCUGUUUGAGGAGGCCCUGGAGAAGUACGGCAAGGACUUCAACGACAUCCGCCAGGACUUUGUAAGUAGUGAACACACAUCUCAAUGACACACCUACGGUCCUUCAUCCAUGAAUCCAAUGUUCAUUAGGGCACACAAUGGAAAAUGUUAUUAAACAUUUAGCCACGAAAGCAAAAUGAGCGCUUCUUAUUGGACAAGUCCAGGAUGCUCCUACCUUUUUUGUGUCCGUUUUUUUCUCUCGUUUGGAUACCUUAACACCUUCCAUGUUGUCAUGAUAUACACCUAUGGUGUAUGUUCUACUGGUCACAGAUGGUGUUGAUGGUGAUUCUGAUAUGUGUGGUGUUUAUUUUCAUUUUCAUUUUUUUAGUUGCCGUGGAAGUCACUAGCCAGUGUGGUCCAAUUCUACUAUAUGUGGAAGACUACUGACCGCUACAUCCAACAGGUAAUUCACAACACCUCCUGUUCUCACCUCUCAAUAAGGUAACCAAAAAAGUGUUAAAAGAUUAUUCAAAUAGUCACCCUUUGCCUUGAUGACAGCUUUGCACACUCUUGGCAUUCUCUCAACCAGCUUCAUGAGGUAGUCACCUGGAAUGCAUUUCAAUUAACAGGUGUGCCUUCUUGAAAGUUAAUGUGUGGAAUUUCUUUCCUCCUUAAUGUGUUUGAGCCAAUCAGUUGUUUUGUGACAAGGUAGGGGGGGGGGGGUAUACAGAAGAUAGCCCUAUUUGGUAAAAGACCAAGUCCAUAUUAUGGCAAGAACAGCUCAAAUAAGCAAAGAGAAACGACAGUCCAUCAUUAGUUUAAGACAUGAAGGUCAGUCAAUACGGAACAUUUCAUGAACUUUGAAAGUUUUUUCAAGUGCAGUCGCAAAAACCAUCAAGCGCUAUGAUGAAACUGGCUCUGAUGAGGACCGCCACAGGAAAGGAAGACCGAGAGUUACCUCUACUGCAGAGGAUAAGUUCAUUAGAGUUACCAGCCUCAGAAAUUGCAGCCCAAAUAAAUGCUUCACAGAGUUCAAAUAACAGACACAUCUCAACAGCAACUGCUCAGAGGGGACUGUGUAAAUCAGGCCUUCAUGGUUGAAUUGCUGCAAAGAAACCUCUACUAAAGGAAACCAAUAAUAAGAAGAGACCUGCUUGGGCCAAGGAACACGAGCAAUGGACAUUAUACCAGUGGUAAUCUGUCCAAGGGAAUCGGUCUGGAGUCCAAAUUGGAGAUUUUUGGUUUCAACCGCCGUGUCUUUGUGAGACGUGGUGUGGGUGAACGGAUGAUCUCCACAUGUGUAGUUCCCACCGUAAAGCAUGGAGGAGGUGGUGUUAUGGUGUGGGGUUGCUUUGCUGGGGACACUGUCUGUGAUUUAUUUAGAAUUCAAGGCACACUUAACCAGCAUGGCUACCACAGCAUUCUGCAGCGAUACGCCAUCCCGUCUGGUUUGGUCUUAGUGGGACUAUCAUUUGUUUUUCAACAGAACAAUGACCCAAAACACACCUCCAGGCUGUGUAAGGGCUAUUUUACCAAGAAGGAGAGUAAUGGUUUGCUGCAUCAGAUGACCUGGCCUCCACAAUCCCCCGACCUCAACCCAAUUGAGAUGGUUUGGGAUGAGUCGGACGGCAGAGUGAAUUAAAAGCAUCCAACAAGUGCUCAGCAUAUGUGGGAACUCCUUCAAGACUGUUGGAAAAGCAUUGCAGAUGAAGCUGGUUGAGAGAAUGCCAAGAGAGUGCAAAGCAGUCAUCAAGGCAAAGGGUGGCUACUUUGAAGAAUCUCAAAUAUAAAACAUUUUGGUUUGUUUAACACUUUUUUGGUUACUACAUGAUUCCAUAUGUGUUACUUACAUUUUCAUAGUGUUGAUAUCUUCACUAUUAUUCUACAAUGUAGAAAAUAGUAAAAAAAUAAAGAAAAACUCUUGAAUGAGUAGGUGUCUCAACUUUUGACUGGUACUGUACUUGUUAUUCCUGUGCUAAUUUAUCAAAUGUUUAUACCCUUUCAGAAACGACUAAAGGCAGCAGAAGCAGACAGCAAGCUGAAGCAGGUGUACAUCCCCACCUAGUGAGUAUCAGUCUGAACUGCACUAACCUCAAUAUACUAUCCUUGCAUCAAAUACCAUAAUGACACAUUUUUCCCUCCAGCACCAAACCCAACCCUAACCAGAUCAUGGCUCCUGGUAACAAGCCCGGCAUGAACGGGGCCGCUGGCUUCCAGAAAGGACUGAGCUGCGAGAGCUGCCAUAGUGAGUACAUGUGUGUUUUUGUGUGUCUUGAAAGUCUCUCUGUCUCACUAUACUGAUAAAUGCAUGUAUACCUGUGCAUGACAGGACGUUAACUUUGCUACUUUUCUUAAUUUUUUCAUUUUCUUGUUGGGGGGAGGGGCUACAUGCACAAUACACAAAUUCAGAUAAUUGAAUGGUUGGCUUGCAUCAGAGGCAAAAAGUAACUAAGUUUAGUAUGUGUGAAGGGAGGGAAAGAAGUAAAGAGUUGAGCCUCCACCCCCAACCCCACUCAUCCAACAUGUCUCCCUCCAACCACCCACCUCCCGCCCCAUCACUCGGAAACCAUGUUUUCCACCCCUUCCCACCCCCCCUAGCAACCCUCCCCAUACCACCCCUUCCCCGUGGGCCUGAAUGCAAAGAAAGUAAAACAGAUGAAAAUGGGUACAUUUACAUUGCCUUCAGAAAGUAUUCACACCGCUCAACCUUUUCCACAUUUUGUUUUUACACCCUGAAUUUAAAAUUGAUUCAAUUUAGAUUUUGUGUCACUGGCCUACACACAAUACCCCAUAAUUUCAAACAGAUAUUAUUAAUUACACUUUGGAUGGUGUUUCAAUAUACCCAGUCACUACAAAGAUACAGGUGUCCUUCCUAACUCAGAAGGCCGGAGAGGAAGGAAACCGCUUGGGGAUUUCACCAUGAGGCCAAUGGUGACUUUAACAUUUUUACAGAGUGUAAUGGCUGUGAUAGGAGAAAACUGAGGAUGGAUCAACAACAUUGUAGUUAUUCCACAAUACUAACCUAAAUGACAGAGUGAAAAGAAGGAAGCCUGUACAGAAUAACAAAUAUUUUCCAAAACAAGCAUCCUGUUUGAAAUAAGGCACUAAAGUAAAACUGCAAAAAAAUUGGCAAAUAUUGACUGGUUUUCUGAUCUAUGCCACUACCUUUUUUUUUAAAGGUAUAUGCAUAUCUGUAUUUUAAAGGUAUAUGCAUAUCUGUAUUCCCAGUCAUGUGAAAUCCAUAGAUUAGGACCUAAUUAAUUAAUUUCAAUUGACUGAUUUCUUUAUAUGAACUGUAACUCAGUUUAAAAAAAUAUGUGUUGCAUGUUAAGUUUUAUAUUUUUGUUCACUGUGUGUGUGUGUGUGUGUAUAUGUAUAUAUCUUUCAAAGAUAAUUCGUAAAAAUCCAAAUAACUUCACAGAUCUUCAUUGUAAAGGGUUUAAACACUGUUUCCCAUGCUUGUUCAAUUAAACAUAAACAAUUAAUGAACAUGCACCUGUGGAACGGUCAUUAAGACACUAACAGCUUACAGACGGUAGGCAAUUAAGGUCACAGUUAUGGACAUUUAGGACGCUAAAGAGGCCUUUCUACUGACUCUGAAAAACACCAAAAGAAUGAUGCCCAGGGUCCCUGCUCAUCUACGUGAACAUGCCUUAGGCAUGCUGCAAGGAGGCAUGAGGACUGCAGAUGUGGCCAGGGCAAUAAAUUGCAAUGUCCAUACUGUGAGAUACCUAAGACAGCGCUACAGGGAGACAGGACGGACAGCUGAUCGUCCUCGCAGUGGCAGACCACAUAUAGCAACACUUGCACAGGAUCGGUACAUCCGGAUGGCAACAACAACUGCCCGAGUUACACCAGGAACGCACAAUCCCUCCAUCAGUGCUCAGACUGUCCGCAAUAGGCUGAGAGAGGCUGGACUGAGGGCUUGUAGGCCUGUUGUAAGGCAGGUCCUCACCAGACAUCCCCAGCAACAACUUCGCCUAUGGGCACAAACCCACUGUCUCUGGACCAGACAGGACUGGUAAAAAGUGCUCUUCACAGACGAGUCGCGGUUUUGUCUCACCAGGGGUGAUGGUCGGAUUUGCGUUAAUCGUCGAUGGAAUGAGCGUUACACCGAGGCCUGUACUCUGGAGGGGGAUCGAGGUGGAGGGUCCGUCAUGGUCUGGGGCGGUGUGUCACAGCAUCAUCGGACUGAGCUUGUUGUCAUUGCAGUCAAUCUCAACACAGUGCGUUACAGGGAAGACAUCCUCCUCCCUCAUGUGGUACCCUUCCUGCAGGCUCAUCCAGACCUGACCCUCCAGCAUGACAAUGCCACCAGCCAUACUGCUUGUUCUGUGCGUGAUUUCCUGCAAGACAGUAAUGUCAGUGUUCUGCCGUGGCCAGCGAAGAGCCCGGAUCUCAAUCCCAUUGAGCAAGUCUGGGACCUUUUGGAUCGGAGGGUGAGGGCUAGGGCCAUUCCCCCCAGAAAUGUCCUGGAACUUGCAGGUGCCUUGGUGGAAGAGUGGGGUAACAUCUCACAGCAAGAACAGGCAAAUCUGGUGCACUCCAUGAGGAGGAGAUGUACUGCAGUACUUAAAGCAGCUGUUGGCCACACCAGAUACUGACUGUUACUUUUGAUUUUGACCCCCCCUUUGUUCAGGGACACAUUAUUCAAUUUCUGUUAGUCACAUGUCAGUGGAACUUGUUCAGUUUAUGUCUCAGUUGUUGAAUCUUAUGUUCAUACAAAUAUUUACACAUGUUAAGUUUGCUGAAAAUAAAUGCAGUUGACAGUGAGGACGUUUCUUUUUUUGCUGUGUGUGUAUAUAUAUAUAUAUAUAUAUAUAUAUAUAUAUAUAUAUAUAUAUAUAUAUAUAUAUAUAUAUAUAUAUAUAUAUAUAUAUAUAUCAAAUCAAAUGUUAUUGGUCACAUGCGCCGAAUACAACAGGUGCAGACAUUACAGUGAAAUGCUUACUUACAGCCCUUAACCAACAGUGCAUUUAUUUUAAACAAAAAAAGUAAGAAUAAAACAACAACAAAAAAAGUGUUGAGAGAAAAAAAAGAGCAGAAGUAAAAUAAAGUGACAGUAGGGAGGCUAUAUAUACAGGGGGGUACCGUUGCAGAGUCAAUGUGCGGGGGCACCGGCUAGUUGAGGUAAUAUGUACAUGUGGGUAGAGUUAAAGUGACUAUGCAUAAAUACUUAACAGAGUAGCAGCAGCGUAAAAAGGAUGGGGUGGGGGGGCAGUGCAAAUAGUCCGGGUAGCCAUGAUUAGCUGUUCAGGAGUCUUAUGGCUUGGGGGUAGAAGCUGUUGAGAAGUCUUUUGGACCUAUGUAUAUAUAUAUACAGUGGGGGAAAAAAGUAUUUAGUCAGCCACCAAUUGUGCAAGUUCUCCCACUUAAAAAGAUGAGAGAGGCCUGUAAUUUUCAUCAUAGGUACACGUCAACUAUGACAGACAAAAUGAGGGGAGAAAAUCACAUUGUAGGAUUUUUAAUGAUUUUAUUUGCAAAUUAUGGUGGAAAAUAAGUAUUUGGUCAACAACAAAGUUUCUCAAUACUUUGUUAUAUACCCUUUGUUGGCAAUGACACAGGUCAAACAUUUUCUGUAAGUCUUCACAAGGUUUUCACACACUGUUGCUGGUAUUUUGGCCCAUUCCUCCAUGCAGAUCUCCUCUAGAGCAGUGAUGUUUUGGGGCUGUCGCUGGGCAACACAGACUUUCAACUACCUCCAAAGAUUUUCUAUGGGGUUGAGAUCUGGAGACUGGCUAGGCCACUCCAGGACCUUGAAAUGCUUCUUACGAAGCCACUCCUUCGUUGCCCGGGUGGUGUGUUUGGGAUCAUUGUCAUGCUGAAAGAUCCAGCCACGUUUCAUCUUCAAUGCCCUUGCUGAUGGAAGGAGGUUUUCACUCAAAAUCUCACGAUACAUGGCCCCAUUCAUUCUUUUCUUUACACGGAUCAGUCGUCCUGGUCCCUUUGCAGAAAAACAGCCCCAAAGCAUGAUGUUUCCACCCCCAUGCUUCACAGUAGGUAUGGUGUUCUUUGAAUGCAACUCAGCAUUCUUUGUCCUCCAAACACGACGAGUUGAGUUUUUACCAAAAAGUUCUAUUUUGGUUUCAUCUGACCAUAUGACAUUCUCCCAAUCCUCUUCUGGAUCAUCCAAAUGCACUCUAGCAAACUUCAGACGGGCCUGGACAUGUACUGGCUUAAGCAGGGGGACACGUCUGGCACUGCAGGAUUUGAGUCCCUGGCGGCGUAGUGUGUUACUGAUGGUAGGCUUUGUUACUUUGGUCCCAGCUCUCUGCAGGUCAUUCACUGGUCCCCCCCGUGUGGUUCUGGGAUUUUUGCUCACCGUUCUUGUGAUCAUUUUGACCGCACGGGGUGAGAUCUUGCGUGGAGCCCCAGAUCGAGGGAGAUUAUCAGUGGUCUUGUAUGUCUUCCAUUUCCUAAUAAUUGCUCCCACAGUUGAUUUCUUCAAACCAAGCUGCUUACCUAUUGCAAAUUCAGUCUUCCCAGCCUGGUGCAGGUCUACAAUUUUGUUUCUGGUGUCCUUUGACAGCUCUUUGGUCUUGGCCAUAGUGGAGUUUGGAGUGUGACUGUUUGAGGUUGUGGACAGGUGUCUUUUAUACUGAUAACAAGUUCAAACAGGUGCCAUUAAUACAGGUAACAAGUGGAGGACAGAGGAGUCUCUUAAAGAAUAAGUUACAGGUCUGUGAGAGCCAGAAAUCUUGCUUGUUUGUAAGUGACCAAAUACUUAUUUUCCACCAUAAUUUGCAAAUAAAUUCAUAAAAAAUCCUACAAUGGGAUUUUCUGGAUAUUUUUUUCUCAAUUUGUCUUUCAUAGUUGACGUGUACCUAUGAUGAAAAUUACAGGCUUCUCUCAUCUUUUUAAGUGGGAGAACUUGCACAAUUGGUGGCUGACUAAAUACUUUUUUCCCCCACUGUAUAUAAAAAAGAUAUAUAUAUAUCUUUUUUUCUGUUUGGCCUUUAUAGAUUGUUUAUUUGUAUGUGUUGGGCUUUAGCUCAGAUUAUUCUUUAGUCAAGUAUAUUUGUCCAGGCCUCAAUUGUUUGUUGCCUAUCACCAUUCAUUCUCGCUGUUGAUAAUUCUGUUAACUUCUAAUAGUAACUGUAUCCACUGGCGAAUUGGGAGAGUGAGGUGAUUGCCAUCUAAGAGCCAACAUCUUUUUUGCAGCAGCGCUGCCUGCCAGCAGUUAUCGUCUCUGAUUUAUUGAUUUUCAAGGAGCUAUCAUCGUUAAGUAACAUAGUAGAUGCAAAGUAUUGAAAAUGUACAUUCAUGCACUUCGAACUGAAUUGUGUAACUUUGUCCCAGAAGCAUUUAACUGCAGAGCACUCCCACAUCAUAUGAGUUAGGGGACACUGAACAUUUGGGAGUUGGGGCAAAUUUCAUUGUGAAACGUUUCCUUGUUGUUAAAUACAGUCUGUGAACAAACUUAAAAUGUAUAAGUUGAUGGUUUGGAUUACGGGAUGUGAAGGUCAUAUUUUCCAUAUUCAGUUUCAGUUAAAGGGUUGUUUAUAUUCACUUAAAUCUGUGGAACAUACUUUUUUAAUGACUAGCUCAGAAUAUGAGCUUUCCAGAAGUUGUUUAUAUAUUAUAGAGAUCAGUCCUUUCGGGAGCCCAGAUCAUUUUUUAUGAAUCCUAUCAUUGGAUGGUUCGGUAGUUGGGUUUUCCAUGUGACUCCAUAGGCCAGCAAAGUAGACCUAAGUUAUACAUAUAGAAAAAAGGAGUUGCCUGGUAAUGUCUUUCAAAUCUAGGAAUGUUUUCAAACCAUUAUUGUCCAUGAUAUUGACAUGGGUACGGAUUCCACAUUUGGACCAUUGGGGGGAUGCAAAACGCCGCCCUCCAGAUCGCAAGGCAUUAUUGUGAAAUAUUGAAGUAUGGGAUUACAUUAUUUUUACAUUUUGUGCCAAAUAGAGAUUGUGUGAGCAAUAAUCGGACCAAAGCGUAGUUUACAUUGUUUAAGGGAUAUAGUGAGCUCCAAAAGUAUUGGGACAGUGACACAUUUCUGUUGUUUUGUCUCUAUACUCCAGCACUUUUGGAUUGGAAAUGAUGCAAUGACUGAGGUUAAAGUGCACAGUGUCAGCUGUCAUUUUCAUCCAUAUCGGGUGAACCGUUUAGAUAUUCCAUAAGUAGAGAUGGCGUCCUCCAUCGGGGUCUUGAGAGGCAGAUUUUGUUAGUUAUUUUAUAUCUUGAGAUGGAGCUGAAUUUGUCUAUGAUCUUCAAAGCAUUUGGGAGGGAUUGAAAUACAUUGUCUAGAUAAAGUAAGAUAUCGUUGGCGUAAUGAGAUGGCGUGAUCUGUCGAAUUGUGACAUUGGUGUAUUUUCUUUCGACUGUCUAAUUGCCUGGGCCAGGGCUCCUUAGACAAUACAAAUAGUGUUACUUUUCUGAUGAGCUAAUAUAAACGCUUUGCCUCUUCCAGCCGCCCAGUCAGCACAAUGGUACGCAUGGGGUCCUCCCAACAUGCAGUGCAGACUGUGUGCCUCCUGCUGGAUCUACUGGAAGAAGUAUGGAGGCCUGAAGACCCCCACACAGCUAGAGGGCACCGCAAGAUCUGUCUCAGUACGUCUGCUUUCACUAACCAGCUUCCCUAAACCUGGAUGCAUCUCAGUAGCCUUAAGUGGUUUCCUUUCCUUUAUCUACAUUGGACAGGGAAGAGUGCGUUCAUAUUUAUAUUUCAUAAUUCCUGGUGGGCAUCCACCUUGUUGCUUUCAACUAUCCUGUGUUAUCAGAUCAUUACAGCGGCAGGAGACGAGGAGAGGAAGCCACUGUAGACUAGUGAGAUGGUCAGUGCUAUCCGGCAUCCUUGGGUCGUCCCUAAUCUAACCCUUACCAUAACCAUUUAAAAUGUCAACUUCAAUGGGGUAGGGACGUCCCAAGGAGCCCUGAUAGCACGGACCCUAUUGAAAUGUACCCACUGAACUGAGUCAGUGUGACCAGUCAUGAUAUUUCAAUAUGUUAACUUGACUCUUUUGACCCCUCCUCAGGAGUCCACUCCGCGCGGUCACAUGACCCGCCAGGAGGUGCAAGGCCUGUCCCCGUUCACGACGAGCGGGGGGCGUGCCAAGCUGCUGGCCAAGAACCGCCAGACGUUCAUCCUGCAGACCACCAAGCUGACGCGUAUUGCCCGCCGCGUCUGCACUGACAUCCUGCAGCCCCGCCGCGCGGCACGCCGCCCCUACGCCUCCAUCAACGCAAACGCCGUCAAGGCUGAGUGUGAGUAGAGGAGAUACUUUAUACACACACACACUGUGUAUAUAUAGACACCCACACAGACAUGCAUUACAUGCGCACACACACACAUUAUACACAAUCAGACACAUGAUUUUCACAUAUGCACUGCUUAUUGUCAUCUUUCUUUUCUUCCUCAGGUAUGAUAAGGCUUCCUAAAGCAACUAAGGCCCCUAUAAAGAACCGUUCGAUCCCUCGACCACUGCUGGCCACCAUAGUGAAGGAACUGGGUAAGAAUCCACCAACCACCAGAGAGCUCCUAAGAGAUAUUUUAUUUAUUACUUCUCAAAAUAGCAUUGUAAACUCUUGGCACUCAAAACACUUGCCUGUAGUUUUCCCCUACAAUUCUCUUUUUGUAGUUGUAUGUCAAUUCUCUUUCAAUACUCUUUAUAGCUUCAACGGGAUAGUUAGGCUCCUUUCUAUUUUAAGUGGCUUGAUUUUGGUUUGUGAUUGGUCCUCUCCUGUCCUCUCCCUAGCCAUCCAGGCUCCACUCAAGCUGAAGGCCCCCAGAGGCGCUCCCACACCCAUCAACCGUAACCAGGCCAACCAGCCCCGCGGGGGAUCAGGCCUGCUCGGGAAGAGGCCCUUUGACAGCAGCGUGAGUACUCUUCAGUCCACACUCACACACACACACACACACACACAAAAACACACCAUGACCACACCACAACCACCAUUUUGACUUCCCCUAUCUCUCUGUCUGUCAAACUAUAUAUGUGACACUGACAGGUUCUUGUUUGGUAUAGACAGCCUGUUAUCUUUCCUCUGUGACUGUAACCUUGGUUGGUGUCUCCUGUCCCUGUCUACUCAGACUGUGGAGAGGGACAGACUGGCACACUGGUUCUUCUGUAACAGUGGGAGAUUCACUGACUAGAGCCCGACCGAUAAAUCGGUUGACCAAUAUCGUCGGCCGAAAUUAGCCUUUCACUGAAAUAUUUGUAUCGUUUUUUUAAAGCGCGGAUAUUACAUACAUAGAAUAAACAAAUACGUCUGCUCAUUUGCGUUUUUUAAAUAUUUUGCCUGAAGAGGGCGCUCUACCAGCUGCUCAUUGAACAUCAUUCAGCCCUAGGUCACAAUGUGAGAGUAGGCAUGGUGGUUUGACGGUGAGUAGCUUGUUACAGGCAGCGUAUUUGAAUAAGUAAAUAAUCAAAAGUACACUUCACCAUGCAAGCAGCCCAGUCCUCAUCACAUUCUCACUUAGUUAACGUAGUUAGCUUAGCUAUCUAGCCAGCAAGGUAAUUAGCUUAGCUAGCUAGCAAUCUGUUCUACUUAUGUGCUGACACUGGACUGGUGCCAAAGUGAACACUUGUCCUUGAUACAAAAAGAACACUGUUACUGUCUGGGCCUAUUAUGUUAGCUAGUGGGUUUAUUUAGUUUGUUUUCCGAAAUAUGCAAUCUGAAAAAAGUGAGACAUUUGCCACAGAUCAAUCAUUCAGGCCAUGUGUUUGCGUUCAUUAUGAGAUGAGUAACUAAUGUUAGUUAGCUAGCUAAAUUAGAAUGUGUGACUAAAACCAGUGCGGCAAACAUUUGCCUGCAGUGCCUUGUGGCUCAGUUGGUAGACCAUGACGCUUGCAACGCCAGGGUUGUGGGUUCUAUUCCCACAGGGGACCAGUACUAAAAAUGUAUGCACUCACUACUGUAAGUCACGCUGGAUGAGAGCAUCUGCUAAAUUACAAAAAAAAAAUGAAAUAAAAAUGUUCAGUCAUCAGCGCAUGCCAUUUGCAGUUGACAUUUAUAAGCAAUACAUUUUGUAAACAACCCUGCAUCCCACUGCUGGCUUGCCUCUGAAGCUAAGCAGGGUUGAUCCUGAAAGGUCCCUGGAUGGGAGACCAGAUGCUGCUGGAAGGGGUGUUGGAGGGCCAGCAGGAGGCACUCUUUCCUCUGGUCUUUUAAAAAAGAAUAACCCAGUGCCCCAGGGCAGGGAUUGGGGACAUUGCCCUGUGUAAGGUGCCGUCUUUCGAAUGGGACGUUAAACGUGUGUCCUGACUCUCUGUGGUCACUAAAGAUCCCAUGGCACUUAUUGUAAGAGUAAGGGUGUUAACCCCGGUGUGCUGGCUAAAUUCCCAAUCUGGCCCUCGUACCAUCAUGGCCACCUAAUCAUCCCCAGCUUCCAAUUGGCUUAUUCAUUCCCCAUCCUCUCCUCUGUAACUAUUCCCUAGGUCGUUGCUGUAAAUGAGAAUGUGGUCUCAGUCAACUUACCUGGUAAGUGGUUAAAUAAAGGGUUAAAUAAAAAACAUUUUGUAUUGAAUAACAGUGUAAUGAAGAAAACAUUGUUGUAAGGAACAGCUAGCUUGUGCUUGUCAUAACAUACUCGCAUUGCUAGGUUGCCAUAAAGUGUUUGUUUACAUGACCUUUGACUGUUGUAAACACUGGAGUAUGUCUACUCAAUACAAAUGCUGACACCUAGUGGUGACAUUACGAACUGCAUUUCAAAGCUUAUUUGUGAACUUGUCAACAGUGCCCUUUCAGAUUUACUUUGAGACAAAGUUUCAUUAAUUCAGCCAGCCACCCCUUGUGGUGGUUUAGCACAAACACUUGUGCAUACUUAUCCACUGCCAUAGAUAUGCAUAUCUUUAAGUGGUACCUAAGAAGGUAAACUAAAUAAGUUUUGUAUUUACUGUCAUAUUUAUAGAGGAUAUAGUUGAUUUUUGAUGGAUAUCCUGUAAACCACAAAUAAAAUGUUCUUAAAUUAUGUAAAUUGUAAUAUUUUGUUAAGAAAUCAUCAUUUAGAGUGUCUGUUUAUCCUUUGGAGCACAAAUUGUGUAAAACAUUUUUUUUGUAAAACAUUGUUUUAUUCCAACUCUAAAAAUAUAUAUAUAUCGGCAGAUGUAUCGGUAAUCGGUGACUUUUGCUUCCCUAAAAUCGAUAUCGGACCCAAAAAUACCAUAUUGGUCGGGCUCUACCACUGACCAUCUGUCCAAGUCCCUCCACCACCUCUGAGCAAAGCAGCAUCACCACAGCUUGGGCCAAGUGGCUACACACACACACACACACACUUGCAUGCGGCACACACACACAAACACACAGGCGUGGAACACCACGCGCACACACACACAUACACACACACACACACACAUACAUACACACACGCACGCGUACACACACCUCUCUUCCCUCACCGCUCUUCUCUCAUUAGUCACAGGCGGUAGGGCUGCCGUUCCCCACCAAUGGGAGGCCGUUCACAUCGGGCAUGAGGACCACCUCCCAGUCGGUGAUCAAGCGUCAGAAAGUGAACCAGGGAGACGCACCCAACCCUGUGGUGUUUGUGGCCACGAAAGACACCAGGUACUGUCCUUAGCACAGAGUUCUGUCUGUAUCUAGUAGCAGACAGCAAUGGAGGAUACUAAUUAGAUUCUGUCCUUUUUUGUUGAGAAAUGUACAGAGUUGUACCCUGAGUGUACAAAACAUUAGGAACAUUGCUCUUUCCAUGACAUAGACUGACCAGGUGAAUCCCGGUGGAAAGCUAUGAUCCCUUAUGGAUGUCACUUGUUAAAUCCACUUCAAGCAGUAGAUGAAAGGGAGUAGACCGGUUAAAGAAGGUUUUUUAAGCCUUGAGACAAUUGAGACAUGGAUUGUGUAUGUGUGCCAUUCAGAGGGUGACUGGGCAAAACAAAAUAUUGAUGUGCCUUUUGAACGGGGUAGUAGGUGCCAGGCGCACCGGUUUGAGUGUGUCGAACUGCAAAGUUGCUAGGUUUUUCACACUCAACCGUUUCCCGUGUGUAUCAAAAAUGGUCCACCACUCAAAGGACAUCCAGCCAACUUGACACAACUGUGGGAAGCAUCCCCGUGGAACACUUUCGACACCUUGUAGAGUCCAUGCCCCGACGAAUUGAGGCUGAUCUGAAGGCAGAAGGGCUGCAACUCAAUAUUAGGAAGGUGUUCCUAUUGUUUUAUACACUCAGUGUAUAUAUGGAAUACCUGACAUAAAGGGAUCAAUCAGAUCUCUAUGGCAGUAGAUUCAGUGGGGGAAUUUGCCUUGCCAAAGUUUUUUUUUUUUUUUUACCAAAAGUUUGCAUUUGUUGAUUCAUGUGUAAUAUUGCAUUAAACUAGCUUGAAGACAAGAAGGAUUCACUUCUUUGCACCUGUGCACUUUGAUAUUAGACUCCUAGGUGUGCUUAUGUGGAUCUUGUCAGUCCUAUAGCUAAUUUACUGUGUUGUUUCUCUCCUCUCAAGGGCUCUGAGGAAACACCUGACCCAGUCUGAGAUGCGGCGUGCAGCCAGAAAACCUCACCUCCCUGUCAGGGUCAAGCUGCCCUUAGGCCCCCGGCCCCUGGUACUGCCCAUCAUGCCAUCCAGCACCAGCGAGCCCAUCGUCCUGGAGGAC